AUGGCCUCCGUUACUGUCAAUGUGACAUACGGAUACCAAUCAAAGAAAAUCAGCAUACCCAAGAGUUCUACGGUAGGACAAUUGGCGUCGCAAGCAGCAACUGCCUUCAAUAUCAAUGGCGAUCCAUCGUUGGAACAUAAAGGCAAACGCCUUGAUCCAUCACUCCCCCUCAGAUUUACCCAGUUAGUGCAGAACUCUACCGUCAAACUCAAUGUUGAAGCGACUACUACGCUGACCCCUUCGGCAAUUGCUAUAAAAAUUGCUACACCAGAGUCAUCGACUGUCGUCAAAACAACGAAUGAUGUUACAAUUGAAGCAGCGCUUAAGCUCGCUGAAGCCAAUCUUCAAACUAGCAUCAUCAAACCAGGUAUCGAGGUGCUGUUAAUGAACACAGUUUAUCAAGAUUUGUCUUUACCAUUGAAGCAAGUUUCGGGCUCAGCGACUAAUACGGUGAUGCGAGUAAGAUACCCAGUCUCAAACGUCGAUCGUCAAAAGGAGCAACAAGAAGUUGUAGCCAAACAACUAGCGGAACAGCGGGCACGAAACGAAGCUCAGCGAGUGGAAAGAGAACGGCUAGAGGCCGAACGCCAGCGACGGAUUUAUGAAUUGAAGAAGGAGAUUCACGAACAACAGACUGAAUUACUUGAAAAUGAUGACGAGAUGAUGGAGGCGAGAGAAGAGGAGCAGAUUGAAAACUACGAAAGCCAACACCCUGUUGAGUCCCGGAAAGAUUCUCAGACCAAAUCUAAACCUACUACUGCUGACGAGAGCAUAUCACCACUGGCGCCGAUGAAGGACGGCGACCAAUUGUACGUCCCUACCAACCAACCCAUGCCGAUAUACGAGAACCCGGAAGAAGACUAUACCCUUACUGUGGACAAGGCCAAACUCUACCACAAACUUGUGCAGCAGCUGGGGAAACGUACGCGCCCCACUCAGCACGAGCCAAUCCACCCUCGACAGUACUUGAUCCGAAUUAAAUUCCCCGACCGGAAUCUCCUUCAGCUCAAUUUCGUAUCUGAUGCUGAUAGUGUCAAGUUGGGCCAAAUCGUCAAGCGCAUAGAUGAAGUUAUUUUAGAUAAGUGGAUUGGCAAGUAUCAUUUGAAGCUCGGCUACCCACCAUUCCAGCAAGUACCACUCUCGUUCGACACUAAUGGAAGCAGGCUCCACGAUCUCCCGCAAUUUUUUAGUGGUGAGAGAAUUGCUCUUAUCUGGGAACCUGCACUGGUAACUAUUGGCGUGGCAUCCAGCGGGCCAUUCUUAAAGGAAGGUGCGAUCUCAGAUCAACUUUCCACACGAGACCUUCCCGAGGUGAAAUCGGAAUCCCAAAGAGGAAACUUUGCCGAUUCCCAAGAACCACGAGAAACUAAGAGUUCAACCACUCCCACUAGCACUACCAAGUCGAACUCGGGGAAACUGGUGCCUAAGUGGCUUCAAAUUGGGAAGAAGUAA